AUGCAUGAAUUGCCAUUGCCAAGUACUGACCCACCCCUUCACUUUCACUCACAGCAUAUGAAAGCCACCUGCUUCAUUGAGCAUAUCCGCCUCGGUCUUCACACCACCGAACAUCUCCCCACCUCCCUCCCAAGGGAGGAGAAAAUCCUUCAGUCACUAGCCAGUUAUGUGGUUGAAACACUCGAGACAGAUGCCCUCUAUGAAAUUGAGAAGGGAAUCAAGAAAUCCCUGAAUGCAAGCUAUGCAACUGCAGACCGAGAUGACCGACAUCGCCUCAAUAUCCAAGCUGAUGCACUCAAGGAACUCUUGUCCAGGGCACGCCCCUUUGACAAUUCUAAAGUGGCCACAGAGUGCCAGAUUCUCACACUUGCCACCUCCUCUCAAGCCAUACACUCAAUUUUGAAGAACCUGCCCUGCAUUGAUGUCUAUGAAUGGGUCCGUGGCUUGUAUGCAAUGGUCACACCACCUGACUGUCAGGGGACGGACCCCGGGUCCCCAUGA